UUGAGUUCACUAAUUUUCAAACAUGGCUGUAUUGUGUCGAUUCUCCAGGGCAUCCAGACAUUUAUCCUUGAAAAACACCGGAUUGUGGGAGGAUAACCUUGUCAGGGCAUUUCGCACUGUUGUCCAGGAGCCAAAACCCACGAGGGGAAUUUUGAAGACUUGUUUAAUCAGUGCUGCUGUUGGUGGUGCAAUCGGUGCAGGUUAUGCCUUUCAGAAAAUUGAACGGGAUAGGAAGCAUCUCGAGAUGGAGGGACACCAGAUUGCCACAGAAAUUCUCAAAUAUAAACCUCCUAUACCGGCUUCAAGACAAGUCUUAUCUUCUGUGGACUCCACCGGGCUGAAACUCACUCUUUUCCAGUACCAGACCUGUCCUUUCUGCUGCAAGGUUCGAACCUUUUUGGAUUAUUAUGGGAUCUCCUAUGAUGUUGUCGAAGUAGAUCCCGUGCUCCGGAAUGAAAUAAAAUGGUCAAAAUACCGAAAAGUCCCGAUUUUACUGGCGAAAGUAGACGGGGGAUAUCGACCUCUUAAUGACAGCUCCAUGAUUGUGUCUCUGCUAUCUUCUUACCUCAAUGACAGGAGUCACAAGAUUGACGAACUCGCGACGUAUUUUCCCAGUAUUGGUGUCAAUGAUGAUAAGGGGUACAGAGAGGAAAUAGUCAAUAAAUACUUUCUGAUGUAUCAGGGAUCUGUUCCGAAAGACAGAACACUCAACGAUAUCGUGGAGGAGAGAAAAUGGAGACAAUGGGCAGAUGAAGUUUUUGUGCACACAUUGUCCCCAAAUGUGUACAGGACACUGGGAGAGGCCUAUCAAACCUUCAAUUGGUUCUCAGAGGUUGGAAGAUGGGAGGAAUAUUUUCCUGCAUGGGAGCGAGCCCUGAUGAUAAAUGUUGGAGCUCUCGCCAUGUGGAUGAUUGGGAAACGUCUCAAGAAGAGACACAAUCUCAAAACUGACGUUCGAGAGUCUCUGUAUGACGAGAUAAACACAUGGUUGGAAGCCAUCAGUGCAAGAGGUGGACAAUUCAUGGGGGGAAACAAUCCAGAUCUCUCAGAUCUUGCUGUGUAUGGCAUCCUGAGGAGCAUCGAGGGUUGCGACGCUUUCAAGGAUGCCCUGCAGAACACAAAUUUGAGUAUAUGGUACUCAGCAAUGGCCGAACGAGUGAAGAAUCACAGUGGCAGCUCAGUUUUGGGAGGGUGACCGUGACGUAUACUGUAUUAGGUAUAAAUAAAUUGUUCAACUCAA